AUGCUGGCCGCGGGCGUGCGGGCGCGGGCGGCGGAGUGGCUGCGGCGCGCGCGGAGGCGGGCGGCCCUGGAGGCCCGGGCUCCCUCUGGGCGUCUCGGGCCGGGGCCCUUCGCGGGAGCGCGGGCGCUGUGCUGCGAGCCUCGGGCCGGGGGCGCGCGCAAUGGGCCCCCCGCGGGAGAGCGCGCGGAGCCGGCCGGCGGGGACGCGCCCUUCCGGCCCGGGGAGCUGGUCCUGGCCGAGACGGGCCGGAGGGAGACCCGCUAUCAGAGGCUGUUCCGGCUGAGCCCCGACGGGCACUUCAACAGCAGCUGGGGGACCGUCUGGCACCGCGACGUGCUGGGGCGGCUGCCCGGCCAGGUGGUGCGCAGCUCGGCGGGCAGGGAGCACCUGCUGCGGAGGCCGACGCUGGAGGACUACGUGCUGCUGAUGAGGAGGGGACCUGCCAUCACGUACCCGAAGGAUGUGAGUAUGUUGCUAUUGAUGAUGGACAUCCACCCAGGUGAUACCGUCUUGGAAGCUGGCUCCGGUUCUGGUGGAAUGAGCCUGUUUUUGUCCAAAGCAGUUGGACCAAAAGGAAGAGUUAUAAGUUUUGAAAUACGGAAAGAUCACCAUGAAUUGGCUAAGAAGAAUUACAGACAUUGGCGUGAUUCAUGGAAGAUAAGUCAUGCAGAAGAAUGGCCAGAUAACGUGGAAUUUAUUCAUAAGGAUAUUUCCAGAGCAACGCAGGACAUCAAAUCCUUAAUAUUUGAUGCGGUAGCUCUGGAUAUGUUGAAUCCUCAAGUUGCUUUGCCUGUGUUUUACCAAAAUCUUAAACAAGGUGGUGUAUGUGCUUUAUAUCUAGCAAACAUCACACAGGUUAUCGAACUUUUAGAUGGAAUUCGAGUCUGUGAACUUGAUCUCUCAUGUGAAAAGAUAAGUGAAGUCAUAGUGAGAGAUUGGUUGGUUUGCCUUGCUAAACAGAAAAAUGGGAAUUUACCCUUAAAAGUGGAGCCUAAAAGCCACAUAGAUCUACAGUCAAAUUCUAUGAAAACUGAAGAUGAGAGUUUUCAUGAAGAUGAACAUGCAGAGGAAUCACAUUAUGAUUUUCCAUAUGGAUCAGUUCCCUAUAUUGCUAGACCUAUACACUGGCAAAUUGGUCAUACAGCUUUUCUUGUCAAGCUGAGGAAGUUCAAACCACAGCUAAAUGGAGCACCACCCUCAGAUGACAGAAUCUGAUUUGAAUAUGGAAGAAUAUCAAAAUAGAGCUUUAAGUUAUGUCAUUACUUUCACAGAUUGGAAUUUUUAGCUAUUAAUAUAUUUAUAACUUUUACGUAUAUAAUUAUGAAGUAUGAGGUACAGAAAGUUUUGUAUAACACUUCGAAACUGUUAAUGUCCCUUUGAGACUUGUCUUGCAGUUAAUUUGACAUUUGUAGUUAUGAUUUUAACUUGGUUUAGUUGCAUCAUCUCAUUCUUCACUUCCUGUAAACCACUCCAUAGAUUUGUCAUUCUCCAUGAAAUUAAUUUCCUUUUCUUUCUUUGAUUGAUGGUCAUUUGCUACCAAAAUAAAAUAUACAUUUUAAGAAAAUUUUUUUGUAUUUUAAAUAUAUAUGUGAAUGGCUUCUGUGUAUCCUAAAAUAGAAAUCUGUUAUCCAUUAUAAGAAUGUAGAACCAUAUUAAAAAUAGUAACAAAAGGUGUGAAAAACCAUGACUCUCUUUCAGAAUUUUUUUAGCUAGCCUGAAAGAACAUUAGAAUUGUUAUGUAAAUCAAACAUGGAGAAAUACACUUUGUGUACAUGAAUUAAUUAUGACUAAGGCUUAUAGCACCAGUUACAGAGUAUUUAGCAAUGUGCCAUACAUUAUAACCGUCUUAUCUGUUUUGUUUCGAGGCCACACUGCUGCUGCUCUGGGCUUACUUUUGGUUCUGACCAUAUGCAGUGUUGAGUAAAGGGUCAGCCAUGUGCAAGACAAGCACCUUAAACCCCUAUAACAUCUCUCCAUCCCUGCUAUACAUUUUAAGCAACUUUUAUUAUUUUUUCAUUUAAAAAGUGUAGCUCCAGUUGAACCUGUCCAUGUUUGGGGUACAUGUAGUACCAGGGAUUGAACUAGAAUUAGCUGCUGUCCUAUCUAUCUGGUCCCUAGACUUUAUGUUCUGUGGUUGAAUUAGAUGUUAAAUAGUAACAUACAAAGCUAAAACUGUUACAAGUAUUCCCUAAGAAGUUCAGGUAUUACAGAGUUUUGCUUUUAAUUUUUGGUUCUUGGGCCAUACUCAGCAGUGUUCAGGGUUACUCCCAGUAUUUCAUUUGGGGCUCUUGCUUUGCGAAAGGGACCAUACAGUGCUACAGAUUAAAUUUGGGUUUCCUCCAUGCAAAUCAAGUACACUAGCCUAUUGAGCUAUUUCCCUGGCCCUGUGUAGUCUCGUUUUAAGUUUGAAUUUUAUGGACAAAGAUUUAGACUUAGGGUAUCAUUUAAAUACAAAUGUCUUUUAGGUUUUAAAGUAGUGCCUAGGAGGAUACAAGAUACUAUUUCUGGAUUCAUUCCCUAUAGCAGAACUAUUUAAAUAUUCUACAUAUUUUACAGUUGUUUUCACCAUGUGUUAAAAUUUAACCUAAAGGCUCUGCCCUUAUAAAUUUUCUUUUGUUUUUAAGGGGCAGGGGUGGUGGUGUGUCUGGUUGUCUGAGUAAUGUUUCAAAAGCGUAGGGAGCCCCUUCUGCCAAUUCUCUGGAAGCAAAUAACAGCACCCGAAGAUACAAUGCUGCUCCAGUCCUGUGUUGCCAGGGACUAACCAGGCCAUUGUGCUGGUGCUAUGGUUGAACCUCUUGAUGUUUGGGGUACAUGUGGUGCCAGGGAUUGAGCUGGGGUUAGCUGCUGGGACUUUAUUUUCUGUGGUUGAGUUAGAUAUUAAAUAGUAACAGAUAUAAAGCUAAAGCUGUUACACUUUAUUAAAGCUUUGUACAAAGAAAUUUUUUAUAUAAAGUUUUUAUACAAAAACUUCUUUAUACAAAGAAGUAUUAAGAGUUUUGCUUUUGUGAAGAAAUUACUAGAAAUUGUCGGUAACUCUUGAUUUGAGACCUCCAUGAUAAGUGGGAAUGAACUUUUGCAAGAAAAGAACAAUGAAGACCAGCGAUACUAAGAGACUAGAAAGAUAGGCAAGUGUCAUUUCAUGAAGGCUCGUAUAACCCUGUUGUUUUUAUUUUUGGGCCACAUCUGGCAGUGCCCAGGGAUUACUCCUGGCUCUAUAUUCAGGAAUCACUCUUGGUGGACUCGGGGGACCAUAUUGGAUACUGGUUGGCUUUAUGCCCUACCUUCUAUACUAUCACUGUGGCCCCUCUUGUAGCCCUAUGAAGGAGUUGGUCUAUUCUAAGUAAAUAGUGGGGAGGGCAACUGAAUGAUUCAUCUGAGGUAAGAAAAGAUACUAUGCUUAGAUCUUUUUUAGUAUUCUAGUUCACUCUGUAUGAUAAGCAUCUGCACACUCAUAAAAUGACAGCUUUCUCAUUUCAUAGCAUUUCAAGAAGCUUUGAACUACAUUAUGGAAUGUUUUCUUUUUAUAGUAUGUAACUAUUCCUGUCCCUUAAAUAUUGUUUUCAAUGCCUGCUAUGUGCCAAGCCCUAAUUAUACUAGUGGGGAAUGGUUUAAGAGCAAAGAAAAGUUGUACUCUUUAUUCAUAUUUUAUUUAUACUGCUCAGUAUAAAUGUGUAGAUGUGGACUUAAGUUCUAAUAGUGUCAAUAACGUUACUGAAAACCAAAUUAUAAGAAAUAGUUAUUAAUAUUAUUAUUAAUAGUUACUCAAAGUCUAGUGUAAGCCCUUUCACUAUCUUGUAUUGGUGCCAUUUUCAUAGUCUGGCUUAUAGGAGAUGCCUUCUUUUUAAAACAUUUAUUUUUUGCAGUGCCAUAGUUUGUUCCUAGGCCCUUUCACAAGCAAAACAAGCACUCUACCACUGAGUCUCAUCUCUGGCUUGACAUAACUUCUAAAGUUACUCUUCUCUUUUCAUAUCUGGCUUUUAUUUAUACUGUAAAUUUCUAGAGAUUAGUGAGACUCGCACUGUCUCUCCAAUACCUUCAAAAUUCCCACCUUCUUCCACUCAGUAAUCAAAAUUUGUUGGUAGCUUUGUCUUUGCUGAUCAUAUAUUGUUUUAUCUCCUGAUGAAUUUUUUGGAAGAAAUUUGGGUUUGCAGCCCUUGGUUUGGGGAAGACUUUGAGUUUGAAUUUUAUAAUAGGAGGUAGUAGAGAACUUCAAAGGUUCUAUGACAUACAAAAGAGGUUUUUUUUUUUAAGUCUUGUUAGUGUAUGAGUUAAAUUAUAAAUUUCAUAAUGGUUCAUAGUAUACAACUAUGAGAUGAAUGGUUGUAGUUACAGCUAUGAGGUAAGACAAUGGCGUGGAUUUAAAAAAUAUACUGUGAAGGAAGCUACCACCGAAACCCAGUGGUGCACAGCAGGCCAUUGAAAUAAUUUGGUUUAGCCCUGCAACUGCAGAUAAAUUUUUGACCAAAUAUAGCUGCCUGUAUUUUAAAGGUUUUUGAAUUUUUAAGUUUUGCUCAGUAUUUAUUUUGGGUUUUAGGCCAAACCAGUGCUAUUCCUAACUUUUUGCCCAAGGAGCACUUUCGGUGGUAUGUGAGGGAUUAUAUAUGGUAGUGGGGAUCAGGUCCAGGGAAGGUAAGCACCUUAACUCAUGUACUAGCUGUCUGGCCACUAAGUUGAUUAUUUUUUAUGACAACCAAUGAUGUUAUUGAUAUCCAAAUGAAUCCUUGGCAGAAAAAUGUUUACCAACCAUGCAAUGUAGAGGGAGAGAAGCUAUAUAUUUUCAGAUUUUAUCUGCUAUUUAGAAGCCAUUUCCCUUCUCUGGGCAAAAUAGAAGUUAGUUAAGACCUAGUUCAUAUAUUACUUCCUCAUGAAAGCCUUUAUCAAGUUUCACCCCACAAAAUUCUGGAAAUUUGUGCUCCUAGAUGUUGAUCAUAUAAUUAACAUUAUCCUUAUAUCAUUCAUUUUUUAAGGCAUUCAUAUAUGUGUAAAGAUUUUAAACCUGGGUUACUACCAUAUUGGUAAUGACAGAAAUAAAGUUUAGAGAAGUUAUUUUUUGACAAAAUAGCAGUGAUAUUCUGUGCCUGCUCAGGUGAACCAGGAUUAAGGAGUGGCUCACUGCUUUUAUCCCCCUUAGCUGCACUUCACUAGAAUCUCAGGGUUUCUCAGUGUACAGUAAUACAUUCCUAAUGUUUCAGAUGGGCUACCAUAGUUGUCAAGGCUUAUGACAAUAUAAGGUAAAGAGAAAUGAUGUAAGUAAAAAAUGUGCUGUAUAAUCAGAACUGGAUUCCCAUCUUUGCUGGAUUUGUUCAUGUAUUGUAUCUUGCAACUGUGUGCUUUCUGAGUUUGUUUUUCCACCAAUAAAAUAAAAUGA